GUGGGCGUCUCAUGCCGCCGGUCCGAGGCUGCCAGUGUGUGCGUGUGUGUGUGAUCGUGUGGCUCUGCCGGUGAUACACCUGUUAUUUUGUCAUAGGAGAUCUGCUGCAGCUGAAAAGGGUGGCCGUGACGGGGCCAGUGCGGAUGCUUGGGAGGCGACCGGGCAGAGCAUAGCAGGAACCAUGGAGCUGGAGAUCUGCGCUGCCAUGUUUGUGGUGUCUGCCGUGGUGGUGUUCCUGGUGUCGGUGCUGGGCACCCGGCAGAAGUCCUACGAGGAGGCGAUCGAGGAGGCCCGGAAGCGGUCCCAGGAGCGCGAGUCGGCCCUGCAACAGGCCAAGGCCGCCCAGAAGCGGGAGGGGGGUGGCAAGAAGGUGAAGGGCCGCUGGGGGCGCUCGCGCCUCAAGGACACGGAGGGAGGCGAGCCACCGUCACCCACACCCGCAACGGCGGCGGCGGCGGUUGCACCGCCAUCUCCGGUAGUUGACCACGUGGAAUUCCAGGAGGAGGCGGAAGUGGUGCUGAUCCCUCAGGAAGACGAAGACCUGCCCAUCAUUAUGCCGACCGCGGCGCCCACGUCGUCGGCAGUUCGCCAGCGCCGCCCGGCUAAGCCCAUCCUGGUGCACAAGGAGGCGCCGCCGCAGGAGCUUCCCGCCGAGGCCCCCCCGCCGCCCGUACGUAGGAACUCCUUCAAGGACAUCUUGCCAAAGGACGAGAUUGAGCUGAAGCACCUCCAGCAGGAGCACGAGGCGUCUUCUGCGGCGGAGGGUCCCCGUAGGGCCAAGACGCCGCCAAAGAGCUCCCCGCUCCGUGAGAAGCCCAGGCGCAAGGCCAGGCCCCAAGGGGACACCGCUGACGUGGCGGCGGAGGGCGGCAACGGCCCGUCUUCGGCGGAUCUCUCGGCGGGGGAGCUGCUGAAGCUGGUGAGGUGCAGCACGCGGCUGACGGACGAGGCGGAGGUGGAGCAGCUGGUGGAAGAGCUGCUCAAUCGCACGGGGGGCGGGGGGGCGGGCCAGUGGCACAAGCGGGGCCACGACCCCGAGGCACAGCUGCGCAAGAUGCUCGCCGACCGGGAGAAGGACCUGGAGGCAGAGCGCCAGCACUCCCUCUCACACGCCACCAAGGUGAAGGAACUGCGUCAAGAGCUGAACCAGCAACUGAGCAGGACGCAGCAGCAGGAGCGCAACCUGAAGGCACAGCAGAAGCUGGUGGAGGAGAACAUGGCGGCCGCCCAGCGUGCCAAGGAGGAGGGUCGACAGUUGCAGGCGAGGGUGCAUCAGCUGGAGACCGAGCUGCGGGAAGCGACGGGCUGCGUGCGCGAGUCCCUGGAGCGCCGGGAGGCAGAGCUGGAGCGCGUCCACGCGGAGGCCCUGGCAGCAGAGCGUGCGGAGUCCGCCCAAGCGCUGUCCCAGGCCCAGGCGCGCCUUGCGACGGCGGAGGCAUCCUGCCAGGAGCUCAGGCAGCGCCUCGAACAGGAGGCCCAGGCCCAGGCGGCCACCAGGCAGGCCUCGGAGGGCAAGGUGCAGGAGCUGAGCAAGGUGCACCAGGCGGAGCUCGAGGCGGAGCGGGUGGAGCACCAGCGUCGCAUGGCGGCGCUGGAGCAGCGUUGCCAGGAGCAGGUCAAGACGGCCGAGGAGCUCAGGGGCAGGCUAGCAGAGGCGGCCGCGUCUCACGCCCGCGAGGUUGGGGAGCUACGCCGCCACCAGGCGGAGGUGGAGGCGCAGCUGGAGGAAAGUCAGCGGGUGGCCAGCGGGGAGCAGGAACGCGCCCUGGAGGCGCUCAAGGCGGAGCUGGACGCCCAGCGGGCCAAGAACAACGACCUGCGCACCAAGAAUUGGGAGGUGGUGGAGGCCAUGCAGGCGGCGGAGCGCAAGCAGCAGCAGCAGCAACAGCAGCACUCCCAGCAGAUGCAGAGCCUCAGGGAAGAGCUGUUGAAAGAGCACGAGCUGAAGGAACGAGAGCUGCUACACCGCCUGCUGCCCCAGGUCAAGGUGGAUGAUUCCGAGGGCCUGGAGCACGCCCAGUGGCUGAAGCGCUUUGAGGAGGCGCUCAGCAAGGUCACAGCCCAGGGAGACAGCAGCCAGGACAAUGCACGGCUAGAGAAGGAGGUGGAGCACUACCAGCGCGUGCUCUCGGAGACGGAGGAGAUGCUGCAGAGCCUGCAACGCUCGGUGGAGCAGGAGGAGCGGGGCUGGAGGGAGCAGGAGCAGGCCCACGCCCUGGAGCGCUCCACCUGGGAGCACAGGGAGCGGGAACUGAGCGCCCGCUGCCAGGCGCUCGAGGGGGACCUGCAGCAGCUGCAGGGACUGCAGCAGACGACCUCGGAGAUGCAGGCCAAACUGAAGGAACUCCAGGAGAAGCUGCAGGACGAGGAGAGCGAGAAGAGGAUGCUGGAACAGAAGUACGACGAGGCUAGUAGAAAUGCUCAGGAUGUCAAGUCUCACCUGGAAGGCAGAGUCCAGGUGCUGGAAGAGAUGAAGAAGGGACAGGACGACUACCACCUUCUCCAGAAGGAGGUGCGUGAGCUGCGUGCUCAGCUGGAGGAGGAGCGAGCAGCGGCUGGGGAGCGGCUGGCCGCCCUCGACACCACGCCACCGCACAACGGGGCCACCAAGGUGGGGUCUGAAGCUCCCCUGGCCACCAAUGGGCCGGCCCCUGACCUGGUGGCUUCGCCCGCAGACAAGGAGGACAAGGGUUCCUCGGGCAAGAAGUGAGGCUUCUGCAUCGUCCGUGCGCAUUCCUCCCAGAGGAGCAUCUCUUCCACUGCAUUUUCUCCCUGGGACUCCGCCGCCGCCCCCGUGCUCUCUCUCCAGCCGUAGAUGCAGCCAAGAGGACGCGCAGCUGCACGUGCGGCGGCACCCACACUGUUGGGACGGGAAAAGCCCCCUCGCAGCCGGCUUUGAUUUCCGGGCCUUUUUGGUCCUUCCCUCCCCCACUCCGGUUCCUUUGUUUUUUUCUUCGUUGUUGUUGUUGUGCACGACGCCCCGAUGUCUACUGUAGGCUUCUGCUUUUACAUAAAGUUUACAGCGUUGCUUUGCCUUCUUUUUUCUUCCGGGACUUGUGCAAGGGGCCACGGGUGUGUGCGCAGCGUGCCUGUUGCGUGCGUGUAGAAAGCGAGGACGAAGGUGCCAUGUGUCGUUGCUCCCUGCCUGCCUGGGACGCCAAUAAAGAGCACUCGGCUGGA